AUGAAACCUUUUGCUAUAUUAAAUUCAAGACAACCAUAUCUAAAAUAUUUAGCUAUAGUUCUUACAUUGGUCAUUAUAUAUGUUUUAACUCAUAGAUCAAAUGAUUAUGUAAGUCAAUCUUUACAAUCUAAUUCACAAGAUUCAUCAACGAAAGACACAAUCAAAGUACCAGAAGAACUUAAGAUUGAAAAAGAGGAAAAUUUAUUAGAUCCAAAUCAAGAAAAAAUUGAAGAUUCAUAUAAACAAAGUCAAAAAUUUCAAAUUCAGGAAAGUCAUGAUAAAAUGCAACAAUCUCAAUUUGAACCAGAAAACCCAAAGGAAAAAGAAACUAGCAAAAAUUCCAAAGUUAAAGCUACAUUUGUUACAUUAGCUCGUAAUGAAGAAUUAUUCAGUUUAAUAAAAUCUAUUAGAUCCGUCGAAGAUAGAUUUAAUCAUAAGUUUAAUUAUGAUUGGAUUUUCUUUAAUGAUAAAGAAUUUACUCAAGAAUUUAAAGAUUUAACAAGUGCUAUAGUUUCAGGUAAAACUAAAUAUGGUACUAUACCCAAAGAGCAUUGGUCAUAUCCCGAAUGGAUUGAUCAACAAAAAGCAGAAGAAUCUAGAAAAAAAAUGAAAGCAGCAGGUAUAAUUUAUGGAGAUUUAGAAAGUUAUCGUCAUAUGUGUAGAUUUGAAAGUGGAUUUUUUUGGCGAAAUCCAUUAUUAGAAGAUUAUGAUUGGUAUUGGAGAGUUGAACCAGAUACAGAUAUUCAUUGUGAUUUAAAUUAUGAUUUAUUUAAAUAUAUGGAAGAUAAUAAUAAAGUAUAUGGUUUUACAAUUUCAAUUCAUGAAUUUGAUAAAACAAUUCCUACAUUAUGGGAGCAAACCAAGAAAUUUAUCGAUUUACAUCCUGAAUAUAUUGCUGAAAAUAAUUUUAUGGAUUUUAUAAGUAAUGAUAAAGGUAAAACUUAUAAUUUAUGUCAUUUUUGGUCAAAUUUUGAAAUUGCAAGUUUAAAAUUUUGGAGAUCAAAAGCUUAUCAAGAUUAUUUUGAAUUUUUAGACAAAACAGGUGGAUUUUUUUAUGAAAGAUGGGGUGAUGCACCAAUUCAUUCAAUUGCAGCUUCUUUAUUUUUACCAAAGGAUAAAAUUCAUUAUUUUGAAGAUGUAGGUUAUAGACAUGGUGUUUAUACUCAAUGCCCAUUAAAUCCCGAAUAUAGAUAUCAACAUAAAUGUCAUUGUAAACCAAAUGAUGAUUUUACAUUUAGAGGUUAUUCAUGUGGUAGAAGAUUUUAUGAGAAAAUGGGUUUAACAAAACCAGAAGAAUGGGAAAAUUAUACAUAG